UACGUUGGUUUUUUAGUAAAGAGGAAGUGUGAAAACAUUGUUGGGAUCAGGUUGGAGGGAUUCGACCAAACAUCAGCAUCUAAAAAGUGACUGGCUGUCUCUGUCUCUUGCGUGGUAGCUCUAAGGAAGAAGGCGUGACUAUACAGACACAACCACAACGACAACAAUAUUGAACUGCGCCCAUGUUACAGUCCUAACCUAUUUCGAAUGCAUCGGACAUAAUAAUAAAGGAGACAACAAGUGCACGCUAUAACAAGUUUGUUGGGGACAAGUUAUCUGAUGUUAGGCAGCAGAGGAAGAUGCAUUUUCUCUUUCAACGCUGAAGAUCAACGCCUGUUCAACAACAACAAACAAUCUCGUGGACGUGAACUAGGAAACGGGCGAUGCCAUGACCGUCUGUUAGUUUUACCGGAUGAUUUCUAUCGGAUUAAGCUGUAAAUUCACCAAACGAGACAUACGGCAUCGAUUUAGUCGCCAAAAAGCAGCGCGCGGACGAGUCGGAAACUCGCGCGCCAUUGAAAACAAGUAAGCUCGGUUGGUGCUAUCACGCUUUGCUUAUUGGACAAAAAGCUGUCCACCUAAAAUAAAAAUGAAACCAAUCUUGGUAGUCAGAGGUUUGCAUUCAUGACGUGCAGACUUUCUAAACGUGGCGUUGUUGUUGUUUUUUGUCAGCUGUGCAUCACUGCGUUUCCUGUUCAGGGCUUCAUCUGCUCGGGCGGUGUGCUAGCGAUAGCAGCCAAGGGCUUGGAAAGUGCGUGCGAUUUGUGUAAUCAUUUUUACGUUUUGUAAAAACUCCCUGAGAACCUGUAUAAGGAGCAUGACGGACACUGCGGAUGCUUGCACUAGCCCCGCGCGCGUCUGUAAAACUUCGGCCUCGUGACUCUGUGCUAUUGUUGAUGUCCACUGCCGGGCCACGGUGACACUUUUAAUUGUUUUAUUAAUGGGAAAUGAGCACAUUCCUUAUUUGAAGCAUGCACAAUGUUUCAAUCAUACCUAAAAGCCCUCCCAGGUGAUUAUUUUUGCUAAAGUGAGGCAUGCGAGGUUUGGUGGCACUCAUUUGCUAUUGCUUUGUCUUUGUGAAAGCACAUGGCCCUCCACGCUUUUGUUGUUGAAGUUACAGCCCCCCCCCCCCCCCCCCUCUUUGUGGCAAAUCCACCCAGUCUUUCCACUAAUGACACUUUCCAUUCCACAGUUUAUGCUUCUAGUUUAGUUCCGACAAUCUGAGGCUGUUAGACAUAAGUGCCUCUUGCACUACUGGUGUCCCCACCCCAGGCAGGUGUGACUCGUUCGUACGACGUCACAAAUGCGACCAUGGGAAGUAGCAGUGAGUAGGCGGCCAUCAACAGCCCCCUUAAACCAGAGGAGGGUCGUCGGGGAGCCUUGCAUCACCCCUCUGCACCUCAGGAGAAGUCCUCCAGUACGACAUCAGUGGGGACAGCGGGAUAGACCUACUGUGCACACUUCCCUUCAUCAGGAUGAGAACUUUCACCACCCUGUCUUCUCCCAGCAUCAGCAGAUUCAUUUAGAUGAGUCCAGGCAAUAUAGCCACACCAGUGCACCUCCACGCAUGCUGCAUACUGCCACACAACCCCCACCACAGAGCUCCAUCAUGGUGGAUCUUCACGAACAGAUGCAUCAAGGAUCAGUUCCGAUAUCUUACACAGUUACCACGGUGACGACCCAUGGUUUUCCCAUCCACACCGGGCAACCUAUCCCAGCCUGCAAUGCUCAGCAGCUCCCAGCAUGCUCGCUCAUUCAGGCCUGCACCAUGCAGCAUCUGCCUGUGUCCUAUCAGACAUUUCCACCGCUGAUCUCCAGUGAGCAUUUCAUCCUGCACCCCAGUCCACCAGUGCCACCCCACCAGCCUCCUCAUCUGCCUCCACUCAACCAGUUUGUCCCCAUACAGCCCCAGCACCCGCGCAUGCCUCUGCAGAGGGUGGAGAAUGAAGUGGAUCUGCGAGGAGACCAGCAUCCGUUAGGAACAUUCUCGUAUCCUCCAGCCCACCAUCCACCAGCAAUGACCCCCUCCGUGCCCCUCCAGUACCUCCCCCAGGAGCCCCUCCAUCAAGAGCUACCCUACGGAGUGCCAUAUCCGCACAUGCUGCCGAGGCGUAUAACUGGACAGAGGUACCGAUUACAGCAGCCUCUGCCUCCCCCGCCCCCUCCGCUGCCCUACUACCCCGGCUUCUUACCAUACUUCCUCUCGAUGCUUCCUGUGCCUCCAACUGCUGUGGGUCCUGCUAUCAGUCUGGACUUGGAUGUAGAUGAUGUGGAGAUGGAGAAUUAUGAGGCAUUAUUAAACCUUGCUGAGAGACUCGGAGAAGCGAAACCUCGAGGACUAACGAAGGCUGAUAUAGAGCAACUUCCGUCGUACAGGUUUAAUUUAGAAAACCACCAAUCUGAGCAAACUCUGUGUGUUGUAUGCUUUAGUGAUUUUGAGUCAAGGCAGCUACUUCGAGUAUUACCCUGCAACCAUGAGUUUCAUGCAAAAUGUGUGGACAAAUGGUUAAAGACCAAUCGCACCUGUCCAAUCUGUCGAGCCGACGCGUCUGAAGUUCACCGCGAUGUGGAAUGAGUUCAGGUUUUUGUCCAUCACUGGAAAACAGCACAAAUCCUUGAGUGUGUUCUGUGAGUGGGGACACCUGAUCUCCAGCCAAACGCAAAUCUACCCCCACCCCACUCCCAACCCCACCUCUACAAUAAGCAAUCUCAGAAUUUGUACCGAACCUGUUUGACCUCUGCUGUGUGUCAUUGUGUGAGUUCCACGAAAGCUACUGCCGCCUAUAGCCACAUCCGAGUUCUGGAAUUAUGACCGUUUUUUGUUUUGUUUUUGUUUCAUCUUUCUUUUUCAUCAACCUGCCCUUGUUUCGCAGAUUCCAAAGAUAACCUGUAAUCCGUGUUGUGUUGGCAUAUUCGUUUACGCCGUUGAAUAUUCUCUAGUUGUUUGAUCACAGAUAAUUAAAACCGUGCUUUAGUGUCAUUAGGGACCGCGGGAGUGGGCCUGGAUGAUGGCGGUUUUUGGCUUUACUGUGCAAUCAGACAAGUUUAUAGGACGCGCCCGCUCCGCCAGUGAACGACCAUCAUAGAUGCAUGUCUGUAUAAGUGACGGGCUGAGGGACUUGUUAAUAAUCUCUGUUUUGCAAUAAUGUAUUGAUCAUUUGAAUAUCUUAAUCCCGAUUCUCUUUUAUCUGCGAAUGCUGUUGUGAAGGUGUGACUUUCAGUGGUUCAGAGUUCCAAGGCCUGAAGUUAAAGAGGGAAAUGUAGACCAAAAGGACUGCAAAACGACAGCCUUGAAUCCACCGGGAAAACUCCCGCUGGGCUUUCACCACAGUCGUAGUGACAUUAUGAAGCUGUGGCGUUUUGGCUUUUGCUGUUUGAUGGCGAGGACAGUGGGACUGGCCCAUGAGAACACAGGGACGAGGACAGCACACUGCCUCUGCCAGCUCCCACCUUGGCUGCACUGCACAACCCCCAUCGAUUCUGGACCGGCCCUCUUCAUCCCGCUCCCUCACACUCAGCUGUGUAACUCUUUCUCAGCUAGAUCCAGGAGAACAACUCACGGGCCUCACGCGGACUGUUCUUUUAGACUAGCAAUAUUUGAAUUAACGAGCACCAACACAUUUCAGCCUCAAGAGGAACGCCGGGACGGUCUCCGGCUUGCCAUUCUCGCACCGUUGCAUUUCCGACGGAGGCCAAGGAGCUCACAUUCGCCUGUCCAGAAUGACUUUUUGGGAAAGGAAGGAACACUUUGCAGAAAGCAAUACGUGCAAUGAGUGUGUGACGUGAACGCAAAGUUUGACCUGAUUUUGGAGGACUAGGCUUUUUGUUUUUCUUCAUUCGUGAGCCAAAUAAUCAAUAUACUCUACAAGAUUUUUAGCUCUGCCUUCUCAAGACCUUGACAAGCACAAACCUGUUACUAAUCUUCAGAUAUCCUUUGUCAGAUCCUCUUUUAAAGGUAUCCUUUUUUUUUCUUUCUUUCUUUUUUUUAAGUGUUAUUUAUUUUUAUAUAUGCAUUUCUUUCAAGGGAGUUUUUGAAGGAUUUGGUUGGAAUACUAAAACAUCUUUAGUGCAUUUUAGUUUGCCUCCUGUUGUCAGGUCUCAGGCCAUGUUCACAGUGUAAAGUGAUGUGAAAGAAAAAAAAAACAUUGUAUGCAUAGCCUUGGUGUGAAAGGUUGCAAAUUAUCGUCUUGUUUUUAAGACAAAAGAAUGUUGAAACCCUCCACAUUUCUAGUUAUGCCCUCUUGACUGGAAUAGUGGUUCCACGAAGAUCCCAAAUAGGAUUCGAAAGGGCAGAGAUGGAGUUUUAGGGUUGUUAAAAAAAAAAAAUGCACUGUAAAAUGUUUAACUCAUGGUUCACUCGAUUCCAAAAACAAACCUGAACUUUGUUUGGGGGGAAAUCUAUGAACUAUUUGGGUAUUCUUUUUGUUUUGUUUUGUUCCCGAAGUACUUUAAUUAUAGGACUUUUAAAUAUAUAUUCUCAUGAGACAUUUGUCAACUGAAUAGUCAUUGUAACUCAAUAGACACACUGGUUUUCUCGGGUAAAGGGAGAAUGUGAGAAUCUUGUGUUUGCGUGCCAGGUUUUAAAAAAAGCCAUUGUAUUGAAUUGAAUCCAGACUUUUGAUAAGUAAUCUAUGUAUACAUAUCUGUUCACUGGCAUAUAUUUUGAGUAUAACGGAGAAAAAAAAAUAAAAAAUCACUCAGGGCCUCUCUGUAAUUGAAAAAUAAAGGAAAACAGUCAAUUUCAAACGGGAUUGAUGCCAUUGAGAUAUAUUUGGGUAUUCUGGGUUGUUUUCCUCAGGCCACGCUUAUUUUAAAUGUAAUCAACUGAACUAAUAUUCCUUUUAUAAAUAGUGGUGAAUAUUAUUCCAUUAUAAGACUGGCAUGCAAAAAAAAAAAAAGAAGUGUCAUGUUGUAUCGAGUGAGAAUAGGCUUUUCGUCACUGCAGCCGAUCAUUAGCGUAUGUUACUCAAACCUGUUUUCCGGCUUUUGCGUUUUUCUGUGUUCUUGUACUUGAACCACACAUAAAGGUUGUAACCCCGUUGAAAAACGUGCCACGGUGCACACUGUCCUACCUAGACCACUUCCAAGACCAUUCUUACAGUGUCUGCAUGAUUUAAGGAUUCCAAAAAAUAAAUGAAAAAAAGGUCAAAUAAAAAAUGACAUCUGUAUUUUCAGUGAAAGAUAUCUAGACGGGUGGGCAAGUAUUUAAUUGUGCACAAUAUGCAUGCAUGUCUGACCAGGUCCCAACUGGUUUUUAGAUACAUCUAGUUGGCUUUGGGUUCUGGGUGUAGGGGACUUCUGCUCAGCUGAUAACUGCCAUGCACUGUACUGCACACAUUUGUAAUCCAACCGAAUGACUACAAGAUUUUAUCGUGCUUGUACUUGCAAAACAAAUUCAGAAUAAUAAAUAUAGGACAUUUAAAAUAACGUUAAGCUUGAUGCCAGUGGGAAGUCGGUGGAACAAUGUGAUUUGAUAGGCUCCCCACCACAUUUGUGCUUCUAUCAUUGCCUCAGUUAUUGACACACUUGCCUGGAAUCUAGAUAAUGGAAAGCCAUAUAGAAAAAAAGGUGCUAGAUAUUCUAUAUUUAGGUGUAAUGCUACAUUCACAUAAGAGAAUGCAAUAGUUUGUUAUGGGUCUCUAUUCAUACAGCAUGCAGUGCUACUAGCACCCUAACAGUGGUCAGAAACAGUUAAUAACAUUAUCAACAGGGGUUUCAAUUAAGAAAAUAAACGGGGGAAAAAAGAAAAGAAAGAAAACUAUUUAGCUUUAUUUGUAUGUGCUGGUAAACCAUUUUAAAGAAUAAUAUUGUUUUGCUGUCCAAGUGAUCCGAUUCCAUACAUCUGCCUUAAAUCAAAGUAGUAGGAGGUUUUGAAAAAAACGGCGUUAUCACACAGAAAUAUAUGUACCUGUUGUACGGUUCUCUCUACCUUGAGUAUCUGUAACUGUUAUGGUUUCAAAAUAAGUUGUUGAUAUACACGCAAGCACUUUUGCUUGAGGUAACUGGCUGUGGGCUAUUUCUAAUAUAUCCUUAUUUAGAUUUAUAAAGGAAUUUUUUUUCAUAAUAACCAAGAUUCCUUGAAAACGUCAGUGUUACCUGUAUUGAGUUACUAAAAAGAAAACAGAAAAAGAGAAAAAAUCAUGAGUUAUGAAAUAAAUAGAAUCUUGUAGUCUUUCUGUGAUUCAACUAAUAAAUAAUCUCACAGCUUGUGUGGUGGAGAAUUGUGUUCCAAUAAGCAGCUAAAUACUUUAGGGUUUGUGAUUCGUUGAUUGCUCCAUAGAUGCCACUGAUUGUUAACCAAUGAUCUCUUGCUGUGGUGGGAUAGUGGAUUGUUUACUGUUCUAUUCUCCUCCUGGCCUUUAGGGGUCAGUCAUUGCCUGAACUCCAGACUACCCAGCCAACAACAGGGCCAGGGGCAUGUGUUCUGUAUUAGGAAGAUAUUUUGCUUUGGUACUUGCACAUUUCCAGUUACCUCAUUUUUGCCAUGUUUGUAUUUGGGGAAAAAUAAAAAUAAAUAAAUAAAAAAGCUAAUAUAUAUUA